AGUCCUUGCUUCCCUGCCUCUUAUUUGACACCUAGUUUCAAAUUCGAUCUCCAUGUGUGCCCUUAAAGAUGUCUGCUCCGACCAUGGACAGAUUGACUCAAUUUCUGAAGAAUUUGAUGCUCUGAGAACUGUGGUUGUCUGUAUGAAUUACUGCACGUCUAUUUGCGAUAGGCUGAGGCAAGGCACAAUGUGGCCUAAGGUUGGAUUGUUUUCAUCAUCACCAUGUCCUCCCAUUUUCAAAUAUGUGAAAGGAAAUUAAUUACAAAUGCCCUGCCACAAUUCUUCAAUGUUCUUUCUAUGUUAAAAAGUCUGUAAUUUGCAUAAUAUAAACUGAUAGAUUCUUUUAUGGAAUCAACAUCUUGACCUAAG